UAACAUCGAAUGUGUGCGCCUGCGUUUCGUGCGGUUUAACCGGCAAUUGUAUUGAAACUGUUAUUGUUCAGAGCACCGGCAUGGCGACGAUGGAUACGCAGGGCGUGGUAGUGCCAAAAAGUCCGGACAGUAUCAUAAACGAGCUCAUAUAUGAAGGCAAGAUCCUGGGUACUAUGACUACGAUCGGGAAAAAUGGCGCCAGAUUCGUUGCGGUGCACAACAUUGCCGACCGGUUUCACACCGGCUACGGCGAUCAUCCCGACGAGGCGAAAGCGAAUGCCGACGAGCUGGUGCUCAAGCAUCUGAUCGCACAGAACAGCCUCUCCCGCCAGCAGCUUGCCUCGUACGCACUGUACCGGCUAGGCAAGGAAUGGCCUACCGUGGCCGUUAUCACCUCGAACGUUGAGCAGGGCGAUCUGCGGACGAGGCUGGACGAACUGUACUGGGACACGCUGCACGGCAAACGUCGUCACCGGUCGCCCGAUAGUUUGUGUUCGGAGAGUACGAUCACCAGCAAACGACAAAAAUAUCAAACCGUGUCUGGGACUAAUUCGACCCCCACAUAUCAGGAAACUCCUACGGACCCCGAAUUGAUACCACCUACAGCGGUAGUGGAUGGAGCGGCGACGAUCGAAACGGAGGAAACUGGAUCGGUAUGUUGCGAAAAGCCCAUAAAGCGUAGCACACUUCCUCCUAAUGCGGACGAAAUGCAUCCAUCGAUACUGUUGACGCAUAUGCGCCCGGGCCUUCGCAUAGAUGAUCGUCGCGCCGACGACGGGUGGAUUGCGACGGUCGAGAUCGAUGGGCAAGAGUUUUGCGUAAAUGCGGAAACGAAAAAGGAAGCCCGGAUGCUCGUGUGCAAGUACGUUUGUCAGCAGUUCUUCGGAGUGGACUCAAAGUUUACGCUGAAUGGUGGACAAUCCGUAUUAGUCGGUGCACCGCAAGCACAAUCGGACCUGGAGUAUCAGCGCAACAUCAACGAAACUGGUGCCAUUUACAAGUGCAGCUUUGAAAAGCCCACCGAAUGUGUACCGUACCGUCUCGAUCGGCAGGGCAACACAAACUACGAGGAUUACUACACCAACCAUCCCGAGAUACGGUCGGAGCUGAAGGAGCACCAAAUGCUCGGCGCAACGGUGGAUGGGCUCGGGUCCGAUGGUGCGUGGUUCGUCGCCUGUGCACCACAGCUGAAGGGCAACACCGAAAUAGCGUACCUGCUGCAUGGAGUGUGCUACCUAACGGAAGGUGUAAAAGCGUCCGAUGAGCCGAACAAUCUGUUCAAAAUAAAACCGCUGCGUGGGAAAGCUCAACAGAGAAGGUAUGGAAAGAGCUACAACUACAUGUACGGUGAGCAAGGGUUCAGCCUGCACGUGACGGACGAUGGCGAUGAGGUGCUUAUAGGGGCGCCGGGAGUGAUGGAUUGGCGCGGAACGGUUUUGCGCUACCGUCAGCGGGCGGCAGCCGUUCCCGGCAACGAUCCUGCCAGCAGAAGCAAUGUGCACCAGGAAUAUAACCGUAGGCGCCGUUUGACCCAUGAAUGCGUUGUUCCGAACCCGAUCCACACCAACGUACCGGUCAACUCGUACUUCGGUUAUGCGGUCAGUUCGGGUCGGUUCCUUGGCAACCACAAGGUGCUGUACGUGGCCAGCGCACCGCAGGCAAGGAGUCAGCACGGUGAGGUGAUCAUUUUCGACUAUGCCGACAAUCGCACCGUUUGGGAGACGGUGAUCGUACGCUAUCGGACGUUCGUGGGGCAACAGUUCGGCGAAUACUUUGGGUAUGCGCUGCUGACGGAGGAUUUUAAUAGCGACGGGCUGCCGGAUCUUGCCAUCGGUGCGCCCAUGCACAGCCGGGCACGGGAGCAUGAUAAUGGGGUGGUGUACGUGUUUCUGAACGCUGGUGAGCUGAACUUUGAGCUGCAGAGUAAGCUGGCCAGCUCGUACGACUUGGGGGGAAGGUUCGGCACAAGUCUGGGGAAGAUUGGUGAUCUCAACCGAGAUGGAUAUGGAGACAUUGCGAUCGGUGCACCGUUCGAAGAAGCUGGUGCCGUGUACAUAUUUCUCGGUUCAGCUAAUGGGGUGCCGAGCCGUCCCAGUCAACGGUUGGUACCAUCAGCUGCCCAUCUACGAACGCCUUUCCGCCAACCGUACAUGUUCGGGCACGCCCUCUCCCGGGGGAUCGAUAUCGAUGGCAACGGUUACACCGACCUUGCCGUUGGAGCACCGAACGGGGAAGCGGUGUACGUGUUCCGCUCGUACCCGAUCGUUCGCAUUGAGGCGAGAAUUAACUCCACCAAGCGAGAGCUGCCCGAGGAGGGUGGCGUCUUCGAAAUAGCCGUCUGCUGGUCCACCGAAUAUCCGGCCGGUGUAGCGUUUCCCGUUGCGCUGCAGUACACGCUGGACGUGGACAGCCAGAUGGGUCGUGCAUCGGUCGGUAAUAGAAGUUCGCCGGAAGCUCCGCACGAAAGUGUAACAGUGUCCGGUGAUCCAAUCUGCCGGCAGUACAGCAUCACGGUGAACGCUUCACCAACCACACUCUACAAACCGAUCGCCAUUGAGGUGGAGUUUGGGAUGGCGGCUACGGCAACGCCACCGAAGGGGGGACCAUUUUGCGAUCGUUGUGCGAUACUAGAUCCGGAUGUUUCGAGCCACGUCCAGGAACGUAUUCCCUUUAAAACGGGCUGCAGGAAGGAGGUGUGUGAAACGGAUCUGAAAAUCACAAACAUCCGAUGGGUGGACAUCGUACCGCCGUUUGUGGUUGGGAGCGCGAAAAAAGUGACCCUCGAGGUGGAGAUUGAAAAUGCCGGUGAGAAUGCGUACCUUCCGCAGCUCAAUGUAAGUGUGCCUUCCUCUCUUCGGUUGGUGCAUCCAUCCCCGUCUGAAUGUGCCCAAUCAGGGGCUGUGCGAGGUGAGAUAAGCAUUUUGUGUGGACUAAACAAUGGUUUACCGUUGAAAUCCUUCACGCGGAUGAAAUAUUCCCUAACGCUUGACGUGACGCAAGUGCAGCCAGGUACUGCGUUUCUUGAGCUACGUCUGCAGGUUUUAACCACCAGCAAGGAACAGUGGCCUCGUGAUAAUGAAGUUGAGGAGCGGCUACUGUUGCGAGAAUUUAGCCACAUUGAUAUCGUAAGCAAAACAACUCCCCGCGAAGCGAACUUUGAAACGCUGACGGGCUUCCUGAACGUGUCCCAGCUGGUGAAGCUCCACAACAACGGGCCUAGCACGCUUAGCGGUGCCCUAUUUCUUGCCGACAUCCCGCUCAGCUACAGGGCGACUCACCUGGGUGGCCAGAAAAGCUGCCCAGUGGUACGGCUCGCGGACAUUAGCGUGCGAAGCAGCUACAACGAGACACCGCUCGAGGUGGACUGGAUACAGGCGGCCGGUGGGAAAGGGUUGCUAAAACAAACGUUUGCAUUUUACUCGAAAAAGCAACCCGAACCGUAUUAUCCAGCGCGGGAAGCAGAUGACGUUCCGAGUAACUUUGAGUUCACCGUGGUGCCGUAUAACGGACACGAACCGGAACUGCUCGACGAAAAGCACCCGUAUGCGCAUGCUUUAGUAGGGAAUGCCGACAGUGCCCGUCAGAAACGGUCCAAUCUUUGGCUGGCCCCACCAACCCGGCCAAGCUCAGCUUCCAUUCAGCUGGACGAGCUGCCCACCCUGCGAACCGUUCACUUCAACUGUGCCCAAAACCUAUCGGACGUGGAGUGUUUGCAGCUUCAGAUAUGGUUACCACCGUUCCCGGUCGCUAACAAGCCGAUCUACGUCGAGCUUCAGUACAGGCUGAACCUAAACGCGAUCGCUGCGUGUAUGCGCGAACAGAAAGACAUCUUCGUUGUGCAGGCGCUGACGGAUUUAGUGAAACCUUUGGACGAGCGGAAGGAAACGUUCCGCAUUGCCCGAAACCACCCGUACACGGUGGUGUAUCGGGAUGUUAGCGUCAGCACACCGAUCUGGAUCUAUGUGACGUCAUCGUUCGGUGGGCUUUUGCUGCUGGCCGCCAUCACCUACACGAUGCAUCGGGUUGGAUUCUUUGAGCGGCACAUGCGGCAGGAGAUGGAGAAAAUGAACCGUGAGAGUGGCAUUGUAGACAGCACGACCGACCAGGAAGAGACCGUGCAGGAGGUUUCUGAAAUAUAAAGUAAUAGUAUUUAAUAUUUGUAUUUUGUUUAGAGAUUGUUCUGCUGAUAGAUUUCAUUUUUACAAUCAUCUAUUAUAAUUUAAAAGCAGUUUUUAGAAGAGAUAUCCCUCGCUGUGAUUGAAAUGCGUUUUUUUUUUAAAGAAUAAAACUAUAAAUAAACCUUAAACAUGUACUCCAUUUAAUUAA